UUUCCAACAAAUAUCAUUUGCGCUGCUGUUCCAACAGAAAAGGUAUCAUUAACGGUACCGCUUUGAUCUCCUUUUCAAUUUUCCGACUCAAACUUUGCUUUGGGGUUUUGGAACGGAUCUCGAAAAUUACAGAAAUAAAGCUUUGGUAAGAGUGAAUAUUUCAAUAACAUCACUAAGCAUACGACGCUGCCCGAUUGCCAAGGACACCAAUCUUCAUCUGCAACGCAUCAAACUUUUUUGGCAAAACUUGGGCCGCUAUCGUACCCAAGCUUCGGUACCGAAGUAAGAAAACAUUCCUCUCAAGGUUUUCGGUAAAUCAGCUUCCCUCGCUCUCAAAAGAUAUCAAUCCAGCGUUUGAUUAUCAUGCAUCUUUGCUUGGUUUCCGAUACUCUCUAGCCUUGACCUUUAACGUUAUUAAAGAAAAAAGAAAUCGCAAUCGGCUGAUCAACUAUGGUGCUCUCCGUGGAAGGUUUACCAACGAUCGAAGGUUUUCUAUCUUUGCCUGAUUCAGGUAUCAACAAUUCGUCCACCGAUUCAAACCAAUAUCUAUCACAAUGUUCAUCUUGGACGACAAGAUGGUGUAUUUUGCUUAACGGCGCGUUGCAUGUGUAUGCAAAACGUGUACAUGCAAACGAGAUGAGCAUGCCAAGAGCAAUGAACAUUAUUCCUCUCACCACAUAUCAACAACUCAAAGUGUCUGGCGAUUACGAGAAUAGCGAAUGGGAUUUGACAUUGAGCGGAACGCUACCAAAGAUCAAUAUUGCAACUCCUACUCCAUCCGGAUCAAUGGACAAUUGUGCCGCUUCGCCAAGUACGUCAAAGACACUACCGAGAAGUGCAACAAGCGGUAGCUUAAGUGCUAUGUUUAUGCGUUUCGGAAGUGGAAGUACGCCUUCUAAAUCGCCUAAGCAUGAUCAACGAUCGUACAGUCCUUCGGAGGACACUUUGAACACUACCAGCACAAGUACUGCAAGUCCUUCUUCUUGUCGACCUGUGAGCCGUGGGUCAAGUGUGACUUCAUUUGCGCCUUCAUCGUUCAAUCGACAUGCGUCUCUAUUCAACACAACCGGAAGUCGCAAUGGCAGCAGGCGAAAUAGCGGAAGUAACGGCACUCUAUCGCCUGUCGUACAAUCGAAUGAUGAAAUUCCAGAGAAGCGGACUUGGGGUAGAUUAUCAUCUAGAUCGAGAAAGCUUUACAACUUUGUCACCAGCGGAUUGCCAAGUUCUUCUAGCAAUUUGGCUGCUGAACUACGAAGGGAAAGUGGAAAUCAGCAACAGCCGCUUCCUUCUCCCACUUCACCUUGUUCUCCUACCAGUCAAUUCUGGAGUCGAUCGAGCCUUCAGUCUUUUUCCUCUUCCCGGUCACCAAGCAUUGCUCAACAAGAGGAUCCAGCUCAAUUUCUGACAUUAAGAGCGCCUGAUGCAACGAGUAUGGUGCGAUGGGCAGAAGCGAUAUCCACGAGUCUGAAUAAUGAAACUCCCGUCAUUCCCAAAGACCCUUCCCUUUCUCAACCGAUCAGACCGUCAACAUCACGCUCAAGACGAACUCCGCUUACGGAAGUUGCUGAAACCUUUAGCUCCACCGUGCGACCUACUAUUCAGGGAAGACGAAGCUUGAGUAGCGGAUCGAUAUUUGCAAUUAUGGCUCCUUCUUCUAAUCAGGAAAUUGAAACUUUGAAAGAUCGCAAAAGUCCUACAAGCCCACGAAGCGACUUCUCCGUAAGAGCGGCAAGAAGUAGUGCUGACUUAUUAUCAUCAAGUCGUGAUAAUAGUAGUUCUUCUCCUACAUCCUAUUCUUUUGCUCGUCAAGCCAGUUCAUCGCCUUCAGAGCCAAGAUAUUCAACGUCUACCAAUACGACCAUGGCAUCACCUCCUAUGGUUGAGCGGAUUUUACCGCCUGAAGAGAUCAUCGCAACGAUCGAUAGGCUAAGAAGUGAGCGUGCAAAUAAUACACAAGGAUUGGGAUUGACUGGCAUUCAAAUGGACAGCCACAACACCUCAAUCUAUCGAUCUGAGCAAAAGACUCUAAAGACGUCGAAAUCGGCCAUGGGACACUUGAAUUCAAGACAAUCAAGACCGAGCACCAGUCCGGCCUUCAGUGAUGCUGGAUUUAUGCCCCCUUCGUUCAAUUCGACAAAUCGAAUUAGUGAAGAUCAGCAAUCGUUUACUUCUCACCGUGGCGCAAACAUGGAAGCGGCUUCUGCUGCAGCUAUUGCAAUCAUCAGUAAACAAACGGCCGAGAGUGAGAUUGGCAGUCCGCAACUUCUACGUGAGAAUAUCGCUGAAUCACCUUCGAUGGUUUCAAGAAGUUUACCGGUACCUCCGAGAAAAUCAAGGUCUUUCUUAGCACUUGAUCAAAAGAGAGAAAGUGAUUUACCGAGGCUUAUGCGCACACAUUCACCUAAGAAAGAAAUGCGAGUCAAAACAGAAUUAACGGAUGAAAAGUCAAACGAGCAAUUCUCUUUACCGCCUUCUUCUUCGGAUCUCCUACGAAAGAGUGAUGGGCUGGACUCACCCUCUUCUCCAACAAAUACGAAUGUUUUACGAGAGAAUAAUGAAAGUUCAAAGAAUACCCCAAAGAAUACCACCAACAACAACAACAAUGGUACAACCACAAAUAAUAAGAAAUCUUAUAACCUAGCAAAGAGCGCAAAAAUGCAAAAACGUAUUUCUCGUUCGCUCGAGUUGGGCAAUGAAGAUUUCAUAACACGUUCGUCAACAAAUAAGGAAAAUAUGGUAGUGAUAAUUUGAUCGCACAAGAAAAAUGCGACUUUGUAAUGAUUCCAGAUAUUGAGAAAAAGUUUCUAUUAAUGCAUUCAAUGAUGAUAGUACACGGUUGAAGUGUGCGUGUGUGAAGCUC